AUGAGCUUCCUCAGACUGGGUCGGGCUUUGCCUUUGCCUCUGACUCGUUUGUCACGACCUGCAGUCAUUCAACUCCCUUCUCAACUCCCCCUUCCCCUAUCUCUGCCUCGCUCCCAACCUCUCCGAAUGGCUUCCAGUGCACCCGCAGCACGCUUCGCCGAGGGUGAAGACCCGCAACAGCUCGGCCCUGACACCGAGAUGCUACAGCACCAAGGCUGGGCGCUAGAUGCUGACGGGAUGGGCGUGACCAAGACCUUUCACUUCAAGAGCUAUUUCAAGGCGGUGUCCUUUGUUAACCUGAUCGCGUCCGAGAGUUCGUCCAAGAAACACCACCCCACUAUGACCGUGCGCAUUGGCUCCGUUGAUGUCCACUGGACCACGCAUCGCCCACGCGGCCUCACUCACAAGGAUAUCACGAUGGCCCGGCAUUGCGAUCAUGGAGCCAGUUUAAUGGGUGCCGUUGAUUCCGGGCAAGGAUUGAAGUGUGGACCCUCUGCCUGA